AGGAAGAACGUGGAGACGUCACAUGGAGAGAUGCGACCAGCAGUAGCUGCUUCACCACUAAUCACACAACAUUAACAUAACUAGCAACUACCAGCUAACCUGGCUAGCUACAUGGGUCGCCUUUGAUUUAUUAUAUUUUCGGAAUUUCAAACCUGAAGGAAACAAAAACAGGAUUCAUAGACUGUACAAAACGGGACACAACAUUACGGUCACAGACAGUUAUCGUGGCCUCUUCUUGCAUCCAGCUGGCAGGCUAUUUUGGCUAGCUUGCGAAGCCAACGAUAGCAAACUGUGCCUUGGCUAGCGUCAGGCUAGCCAGCUAGCUAGCUAGCUAGCUACUAACGUCGCUAACGGUGGUUAGCUAGCUAGCGAGCUGUAGUAACUUGCGUCAUGGAUGAACUAGUCGUGGAAGUGAGGGGAACAAGUGGGGCCUUUUAUAAGGCCUUUGUGAAGGAUGUUCACGAAGGAUCAGUCACUGUAGCGUUUGAAAACAACUGGCAGCCAGAGCGUCAGAUCCCAUUUCAGGAUGUGCGAUUUCCUCCUCCAACAGGGUUCUGCAAGGAGAUCAAUGAGAGUGAUGAGGUCGAGGUAUAUUCCAGGGCUAAUGACAAGGAGCCAUGUGGAUGGUGGUUGGCCAAGGUUCGCAUGGUCAAAGGAGAGUUCUAUGUAAUAGAGUACGCUGCAUGCGAUGCUACAUUAAAUGAGAUAGUGACACUGGAGAGGUUACGGCCAGUCAACCCAAAUAAACCAGCCACAAAAACCACCUUCAUCAAGAUCAGACUGGAUGUACCCGAGGAUCUACGGCAGAUGUGUUCCAAGGAAUCGGCACACAAAGACUUUAAGAAGGCAGUGGGAGCGUUCAGUGUCAUCUAUGACUCAGAGAAAAAGCAGCUUGUCAUACUGUCAGUGAAUGAGGUCACAACGAAGCGGGCCAACAUGAUGAGUGACAUGCACUUCAGGAGCCUCCGCACCAAACUGUCUCUCAUGCUGAGGAACGAAGAGGCCAGCAGACAACUGGAGAGUUCCAGACAACUGGCAUCACGGUUUCAUGAACAGUUUGCAGUCCGGGAUGAUUUAAUGGGUCUUGCCAUUGGGACUCAUGGGGCCAACAUCCAGCAAGCUCGUAAAGUCCCUGGAGUCACUAAUAUAGACCUGGAUGAAGAAACGUGCACUUUUCACAUAUAUGGAGAGGACCAGGAUGCUGUUCGCGUGGCCAGGAGCUUCCUGGAGUUCUCUGAAGAUGUCAUCAAAGUUCCCCGGAACUUAGUAGGGAAGGUGAUUGGCAAGAACGGUAAACUGAUCCAGGAAGUUGUUGAUAAGUCUGGUGUGGUGCGGGUUCGUAUUGAGCCUGAAAACGACAAAAAGCCCUCAGCAGCUGCAGCAGCAGCAGCAGACGAGGGCAUGGUGCCAUUUGUAUUUGUGGGGACCAAGGAAAGCAUCUCCAAUGCUACAGUACUGCUGGACUACCAUCUCAACUACCUUAAGGAGGUGGAUCAGCUACGUCUGGAGCGUCUUCAGAUUGACGAGCAGCUGAGACAGAUAGGAGGAGGAGGCGGAGGAGGAGGAACAGGACCUCGAAACCCUAAAGACAAAACCUACGUGUUCGAUAAUGGCAUGGGGCUGGGUAUGGGCAGAGGAGCAGGAGGAGGUGGAGGAGGAGGAAAGCCGUACACAGGAGGAGGAGGAAGAGGUGGACGAGGGCGAAGAGGAGGAGGUGCAGCUUUCGCCUCAGGCACCAACUCAGAGGCAUCCAACGCUUCAGAGACUGAGUCAGACCACAGAGACGAACUCAGCGAUUGGUCGCUGGCCCCCACCGAGGAGCUGAUGACAGGAGGCGGAACCCUGCCCAGACGAACAGAUGGGAGGAAGAGAGCAGGCGGCGGAGGACCGAGGGGACGAGGCGGGAGAGGAAGAGGAGGAGGAGGGUAUAAGGGUGACGACAUGCAGUGGAGCGAGCCAAGACCUCGUCAUGUCAGAGACCCCAAAACAAGAGGGCAGGAAGACACCCUACAGAUCCGUGUGGACGGUAACAACGAGCGUAGCGUGCAGCACUCAUCAGGGGGGCGAGGAGGAGGAGGGCCUUCCUCCUCGCAGGGUGGUGUCGGUGCCAGUGGCGAGGGCCCGUCCCGUCAUCAUCAUCAGAGACCCAUCAGAGACCGAGGGAUGAAGAAGGACAAACAGGACGCUCCUCCUCUGGUGAACGGAGUGUCGUAGAUACACCACUGGAGGACCUUCUCACUUAGACACACACACAGGCAACUGGUCAUAAACCAUUGCAGAGUCUCAGUCUCUCUCACUUUUUCUUUCUCUAUCUUUGUCAAACACAUGAAUACACAUAUUUCUUCAGCAUGGAAGGUUCCCGUAGUGAAGUCGUAGACCAGAGGCCAUUUGGCGUCUUCUGCUCUGCUCUGUUGAGGUCUGGUCUGGUCUUUGAGUGUCCUGGUCUGGUCUCUUCUUGACUGGUAUGGUAACUUGGGUUCUUCUGUGGAGUGACAAAUAAAAUAAUCCAUACUUUUUUGGACAAAAGGAAAAGAAGAAGAGGGAUUUGACUAAAGCUCAUCUCUCACAGAGGCAUUAACCCCAAACAUACUCCCUCCACAUCAACAGCAAAUAUUUGGGGUUUUUUUUUUUUUUAAUCAGCCAAAUUGGAUGAUUAAAUUUUUUGCCACUGCCCUGAAAUUGCUCAUGUGAGAAAAAAGUCAAAGAAGAAAUGAGGAAUUACCACCUGCCACUUCAGACGGCAGAAUGAAAUGUGUGUUUCUUCCCUUAACAUCUUAGAUUAAUUUUACUGAAAAAUGGGGAAUUGUAGAGAUGAUUUAUCAGCACACAAUUUUAAGAGGUGGCAUCUGGGAGUCAUGCAUUUAUAAUGUAACUACACUGAUUGAGAAAGUCAUUUAGCCUCUUUCAGGUACAUUUCCAGAGAUAAUUAAUAAACUGCAAAAUCCAAAACCUUUUUUGAGAUGUAUUUUGGUGUCACCAAAAUAAUUUCUACAUAUGGGAAACACGCACAGCCGGGCACUUAGGAUUCACCCAGCAGUGAAUGAUUUACCAGUCUCAUUAUUGAAGUUGUGUUGUUUCCUGUUGCCUACAAGAUGUAAAAAUCCCUCAUUCUUUUUGACUGUUGGACCAAGCAUGAAAGUACAGGAUGUAACGAUGGAGAAACAUAAAUCUGAGGCACUUUGAUGCAAAUACACUGUUUAAACUAGCUUUUACUGAAGCAAAGGGAGACAGGAUACCAACCUCUAAGGCCAGGAACACACUGGAUGAGUUGCGUGUGUGUGGCGGCUGCAGAACGUCAUGGUUUUCAUUUCGGCAGCCAUGUUACGGGUUAGAGCGGACACACUGCCUGCAUGAGACGUGCGCCCCCCCCCCCCCCCCCCCCCCCCCCCCCCCCCCGCCCCCCCCAGCAAAAAUACACAGAGAAAAGAACUGUUGAUGUCAUAUUGACAUCUUACCAGCAACAUAACAUAAAACUGACGCCUUCCACUAUAGUUGUCUUUGUCUAGGCUGAAUAUCACACAUGAAAAAAUAUGAAUAUGUUUUUUAACCAUUUUAGCAGCUGCAUGUGGAGGCAGUGGUAUUCUAGUGUUCUGUUAGAAAUAAAUCAAUUAAAUUUAUAAUGAAAAGGAAGCGUAACCUGCAAACUCCACGUAGAGAGACUGAGCUGGCAGUAAGAGCGACACAGCCCGUGUGAACACGUUUGCUUCUCUACAACAGUUCAGCACUAGCCGCAACACAAACGCAACGCAGGCGGUGUGUUUCUGGCACAAGAGUCUUCAGCAGGUUGCAAAAUGUGAUGAACUGUUGUCCAUUUAAAAUGAAUCCUUUACCUGUCAGGUGAGCUGGUCACAUGAUCAGGCCAACACACACCUACAGUAGCAACAGUGAAUUUCAAACUCCUUCCUAAAUGUAGGAUUUAUCACCUGAUCACAUGAGCUUUUCUUUAAUUUAUGAAAACCUUUGUCUUAAACUUUUUAGUUUCACAGUCAGUAAUACUGCAGAGGAAACAAGCUAUUGAUGAGUUAUCCCUUGAAAAAAAUUAAAGUUUGGUUUAAGUUUUAUUCUUCCUGUUUUUCCAAUUUAUCCUUGGCCCAUCUCUCUUAAUUUGAUAUUUUUUAUAUUAAUCAGAUUUUUUGUUAUUCUGUUAGCUACAUGCUGUAAAUGGCACAGUGGAAGAGAGAGUCUGAAUUCUAACCUAAAUCCCAACAAAUUUCUUUCAGGUACAACAAAUCCUUUACACUGUUUAAUUAUUAUGUGCUUGUCAUCUUUAUGAAACGACAAUAAUCAGGUCUUUUUUUUGCUACUGAUAAAUUGCAUUCCUCCACUUCCUGCUUUUAAAUAGUGGGACUGUGUAUGUCACCUGACUAAGUUAAAGUUUAGUGACACCACUCUAAGCUUAAGUAUGAAAGAAGGUUUGCAGAAGUAAGGUUUUCAUCCAUAAGUCCGGUUAAAUCCAAGUUCAUCACAGUCAUGGAGCUGCGGCCCAUCAUUUUCCUGCCAUUCCUGUGGCUCAUAAUGAGUCUUUUUAAAAAAUCUUUGUGCCUUGAAUUUAUGCUCCUCCAUUUCUAUGAAUUUGGCCCAUUCUAAAAAGCACCUGGCUACGCUGAAUUAAUCAAAAGUUUUUAUACUGUCUGCUUAAACCCAGUGUAACACCGCUACUAGUUCUUUCUUCUAUGUUUAGGACAUCGUGUACGUGGGUGUUUCUUACAUGGAUGCUUCAUUCUGUAUGCAUUUCUUAGAAUUAUUUUGGGGAGACCAAAUGGUAUAAGAUGACGUAGACAGAUUCUGGUAAAGCAUUUUGUCCCAGACAACGACCAGUCUUUUAAUCUUGCUCUUUACUUGUCUGCCUCGUGCCAGAGCUCUGUGACUCACUGACAUAGACAUAAACAACAAGAGGACUAGACAAUCGUGUCAUCAAAUAGCUGAAAGCGACUUUUCUAACCAGUGCAGGUUUUCAGACAUCAAAGGAACACGAGACAAAACAAACAACAUGUGUUGACUUCAAGCUCUCACCUUGAAGUGCUCCAGCCUGCUGUUCGGUUGACACCUCAGCGAGAUACUGACUUCAUAAAUAUUCUGCAUGGAAAGAUCCUUAGUGGCAUUAUUAUCAUCAUCAUCAUCAAAGUAAAUACAAUUUAGGUGGCAUGAAGGCCUUUACUGAUAAUAUACUUUCUGAGUUGACCCAAAUUGUAUCCUGAAUUCAAACUGACUGCAGUAACGUAGAUGGGCUAGUGUAGAAAGUAUUUGUGGAUUUACGAUUGGAAAAGAGAUUCAUAAUAACAUUUGUUUGGAUAUUUUUUUGAAAAAACUGUUGAAAUGUGAGAAAGUCACUGUAAAACAAAAAGCAAAGCAAAAAAACAAAACAAAAAAAAGUUUUUCAAGGUUUCUCUGUGUAUUCCUAGUUUUAUUGACAUUUCAUAAAAAUAACAGUAUUACAUCAAAUUACUGUAAUUCGUAACUAACAAAUUAAGUAUCCGGCUGUAGACUGGGACUAGCACAGUACUUUUUCACUUUGGUGUUGCUAUGUGCUUAUGUUGUGGAAUCGAGUACUUUACAGGUUAAAUCUAUUCAUCCUGUUGUUCCUAAGAAUCGUUCAGGAAUAAUCUAGAAAUGCAAAUUUAGCUUCCCUCUUUGUUGUGCCCUUAAAGGAAUAAUGUGACAUUUUUGAACAAUAACCGCCCUCUUGUUGAGAGUUAGAUGACAGGGUUCAAACCGCUCUCAUCUGCAAAAUAUGGGGCUAGAACCAGCAGGUGAUUAGCUUAACUUAGCUAAAGGCUGGAAACACCUAGCCUGCCUUUGUCCAAAGCUAACAAAAUGUAGCUAGCACCUUUAAAGCUCACUAAUGAACAUGAUGUAUGUUGUUUGUUAAUUUUGUACAAAAAACAAAAUGUUAAAACAAAGAUUUGAGGUUUUCAUGCUGGAAUUAUUUCUUAGCGUGGCGCAGUGGCUUCUUGGUUAGCAGCUUCCAGUUUUCCUGCUAAGCUAACUGGCUACUAUCUCUAGCUUGAUACUGUAUAGACAGACACGAGAGUCAUGACAAUCCUUAAUCUAACUCUUGUUAGUUUCCCAAAAUGUCAAACUAUCCUUUUAACAAACUGCUUUCAUUAAGAGUCUUAUUAAUUAGCCUUGCGUAAAAUUACCUUACAGUAGGUUGAAUCCACUUUUAACCAGUCAGAUAUAAAACAGAUACAGGGCUCCAUUCAAAAAGAGUCUGUGAGAUUUAUUUGUAACACACUGUUUCAUCGUUUGAAAAAAAGAAAAAUAUCUUUCGUGUUAGAAAGCUGUGAAUGCUCAGAGAAACCUUACCAUAUUUUGUGUGACAUGUGCCUUUAAUUGUGGCUAGUAUCACAACCUAGACAUGUAAAUCAGGGAUGAUGAGGAGACACUGAGACCGACCAGAUGGGUAAAGAUCGCUGUUUUCUGAAGUGACAUAAUUCAUUUUCUCUGGGUCAUCACUGGCAAAGCUGAGCAUUUCUGAGCUUCCUCUAAACUCAAAGGGCGAGUGUUCAUUGUAGAGGUGAUUUUUGGUUCACCAGGGAAACUGCCGUCUUUUACCACCUGGUCCCUUUUAAACACUGAGGGUGUUGUAUCCUUGUACAGUCAACAAACAUAAGCCUGUAGCUUAUGACCUGGUUCAAUUGAUCUGUGAAAUGGAUUCAGUAACUUUUGUAGACCAGUUCAUGACCUUGAGUGGCGACUUUGGCACCUUUGGCCCUGUUUCAAAGUCAAAGACAGCCAUUCUCCAUGCAGACCACCUUUUUUUAAAAUUUAAGCAAAAUAGUGUGACCCUGUGUAACUUAAUUCCCUAUCUCUUUUUCCUCCCUGGAAAGUAACUGAAGUAAUGAAAGGAACUGAAAAGAUUUCAGAGGUUGAGCCAGGUCUUUUCUAAACCAGAGAUCAGUGAACCUUCCUAGUCUUGCGAUGCAUGCACAUCUUUUAUUAUGGAUUUUGGAGACAUUCAGUAGCUUUGAACACGUUAAAAAAAAAAAAAAAAGAAAAAGAAAAAAAGAAGACAUUAGUUUUUUAAUCAGUGUUACUUUGUCUCAUUUUUCUCCUUGACCUAAGGCUGUCUGGAGUCGUGGAGUCCCCACUGAUGAGUAACUUCUUCUGACAACCACCAGCUUAGUCAGUGACACAUGGGAAACUUUUACCUUUUAGAAAAUGUCUCCAGAAACAGUUGAAACAUGAGUCAUGAAACAGGCUUUUUUUUUUUUCUUUUUUUUUUUCUUAGAAGUUAAUUUUCCUUUUUCAAACGUAUUAUUGGUGUCAGUUUCUCUAUCACUAAUCUGUUAGGACUUUUGCUUUUACUUGGUGUUCACACUGCAGCCAUUUUUACCCAGUAAGCAUUCUCUGCAGUGCAUCGACAAACAGCUCAAGUGAAAGUCACCUCUAUAUUGUCAAUAGAGCAUCAACAGUAUGGAGUUGCUUUGUAUUGUAAAAAAAAAAAAAAAACAAAACAAAAAAAAAAAAAAAAAAACAUGAUGGAAAAAAGAAGGGAGGGUGGCAUACUGUAUAUAAUGAUGUCAUUAUUUGUCUGAGAAAAGAUUUGUACUAUUGUUUCAAAUGUGCACUUAUCCUGAUAUUUUCUUUUUUGCUGUUUAAUAUCAGUUAAAUGCUAGAGCUCUUGAUAAUAAACUUAAUGAUGUGUGAAAAAAAUAGCAGGGUCGAGUCACACAAAGCUGUCAUUAAUAAUGAAAUGUCUAUAGUACUGCAGAACUUGAAAAAUAAGGUUACAUUACAGAAAGAUGGUGAGUUUGUUUUGUUUUUUUUUUUUUUUUUUUUUUUUUAAUUAAGAGGGAAAAUCCACCCUAGAACUGAGUUUAUAAAUGGAAACCCCGAACGGAAUUUUGACUGAUAUAAUUAUUGUAUUUCAAUUUUGAGCGGAACAGCACUUUACAAUGUAAAGUUCAUUCAGUGGCAUUGCAUAAGACUGACUUGGUUGGCAUGGUAACAGUAGGGGUUACCAGCACAGCAAUGAAAUAUAUCCACUAUGUUCAUUAAAGCUUGGAGUGAUACUUUAUCCAUAAUAUAUUAUUAAUUACACCUGUCGAUUUGGUUGAUAAUUUAAAUGGGUUGUUUCGUCCUUCAUUGAGAACAGCAGCUAUAAUGAAUUGUAAUAAUAAUACUUCACAAUGCCCAUAGAAAUUUCACAACCCCAUUCUUCCAACAUAAUCCUCUUCUCCGCGGUCCGACCUCAAUCUCGUGCUCAAGCAUGUGGACGCUUUUGUUUUUCCUGCUGUGAAAACGAAUCAGUGUUGGGUUCCAUUGUAAUCGACUGAAAGUAGCAACUUUUAAAGAUCAUAUUUCAAGGCCACAGGGGUUGAGUAUUUGAUAUUAAAAACAUGGGUAUAUUUAUUUGGUUUUUCAAGGUCUUUCAACCACAUCUCAGUCUUUCUUGGCAGAUGAAGGUUUGCUAAAUUGUUGUUUACAAUCACCUUUGAGGAGGAUUGUAAGAUGCAGAAAAAGUACACUGUGUGUACAGCUACAGUCAGAGACAGUUAGCUUCACUUAGCUUAAAGACUUGAAGCAAGGAGAAACAGCUAGUCUGCCUCUCUCCAUAGUUCUGAAAUCCCAUCCCAUCAGCAUCUCUCAAACCAGGUAACACAUAUUUUGUGUGGUCAUUCCAACACUAACAGCAAUGUAAAUAGUUAUAGUUCCAGCACGCAAGUCGGUGUAAAAUCACAAUUUGUUGUUUUUACAUUUUUGUUCAUGUGCCAAUUCAACAAAUGAGAUACAGCUAGUCCAGUAGUGACCUUUAAAGGUGCAUGCAGGUGCAGUUUUUGAAUGGAGCCAGGCUUGCUGUUUUCCCUUGUUUCCAGUCUUUAUGCUAAGCUAUGCAAACUGUCCCCUGCCUCCUCGGUACGCACAGACAUGAGUGGUAUCAAUUUUGUCAUUAAACUCUGUAUUUUCCAAAAUGUAACUGUUCUCCAAACCUUGUAAUGAAAGCACAUAGUGGUGAACCUUUUAGCAUGUACCACAGUGUAGCUUUGGAAAAGGGUUGCCUCCUACAGUACCUGAAGUAUGUGAAUAAUGCUUUAUGGUGGAUUUUCCCUUUUGAUGAAUGUGUCUUGUACAUUGGUCCCUGGACUUCAUAUAUAGAGACCCAAAUUAUUUUAAUCCAGCUUCUUUUUUCAGACACCACAGUGACGGUUAACAACAUUGAUUUUAGACUUCUUAAGUUUGUAUAGUUUAUUUAUUUUUGGCUGGUGUAAAAUUUUCAUAAGGUUAAACCAGGAAGGUGCUGAUGGUGAGACUUGUCUCCCAAAAGUCAGUUCACCCUGAACCAUCAAAAACAGCCACAUGCAAGUUUGAUGCAUGUGGAAGGUGUUGGGACUAAAGAAUCUGCAAAGCUCUUACCUUCACAUCUACUCUGUUGUUUCACAUUGGUGACAAUUUGCAUCUGUGGCUUCAACCUGCUUGUUGGUGUAUUUUAAUUUGUGCCUCCAAACACCAGGUUUAGCGUGUAAAUUAGACUUUUUUUUUUAACGUUGGUUUUAUUUUUUUAGGGGCAUUACUAACAAAUCAUAAUGCUAGGCCAGGGCUUGUACUAAAGUGGAAAAUGUAAAUUAAAAAAAAAAAUGCAGGAGGACUGUCAUUUGGGGUCAUUGAAGAAUUGGUGCUAAGGAAGCAUUUCUACAAUGGAGAUUUCACUUCAGAGUCUCCUAUAUCUGACCGGUCGUGACAUUGUUAUCCAAUCCUGCUGUUUUCCAGUGGCCUGACAUAUGAUGAGUAUAGUUGAGAUCAUGGCAGAAAAACAGGACAUGUUGCGCCAUGGUCUUGUAUCUAGCCUCUGGAAAACACUGAAAAUGUGUUCAUAUAGAAAUUUGUACAGGAAAAAUUUCCCUAGAACUAGGUGUGACUAGGAGCUAAGUGUGAACCAUUUGGGAUCCCAAAACAAAGUAUAAGACAAGGAACAGCAUGCUUACAUUUUCUUUCCACAAUCAGUUUGUGUACAUUUUGAUUCAUCCUGCCAAUGCAAAGUGACAUACAGGGUACCGACUACAAAUAACUCACAGGGAUCCCAAAUGGCACAAUGAAGACCACUGCUGAGGACGUCUAAGUUUUGCAGAUGUACUUUUUUUAAGAUGCAACGUGCACUUCUAUCUUAGUUUGUUGUUUUGGUGUGACACUGUCCUCAAUGCAAUCCUCUGUCCUCAGCACAUUAGAACAGUACUACAACAAGCGAUUAGGUAGUCCAAAGUUGAAUGACACUACCAAAACUUUGAAAACUUUAAGAGUAAUGGUUCUUUAAUUAAGCAAAUUACUGUUACUUACGUGAAAUGUUUAAAUGUUUAUAUUCUGUUAACUCGUUUAAUGAACAGGUGCUAUGACAUUGUUCAUAAACCUUGUUCUGAAGUGUGUUCUUCCAGUUACAUGAUCUGUUAGAGGCAGAUAGUGGAAUUGGAUUAGAGAUUUGUAGCUUCAGACACUUUGAAUCUUUCCAGCAUCGCCAUUAUAAACGGAAAUAACAGUGAAAUUAAUUUUGACUGGGGAUUUGUGGUUUACAGAAAAAACACAUAUUGGCAGCUGUUCACAUAAUGAAAAUUUCCUGUCAGUUGACGAAGUUAAUGGUAGUUGUAGGCUUUUGUUCUCAUGAAAUCUUUGUGUGUUGAGGGUUUUUUUCCCCCCAGCAAUCUGCUGUCAUGAUUGUCUUUAAAGGUGUGCUGUUCUAAUGUCCUGGUGCACAGAGUAUAUUUUUUUCCCAUCAUCCAAGGGGUUGCAGAAGGGGAAUGUUAAUGACCUAAUCUGCAUUUGGCGUGAAUAACACUCAUUCUUCGUCAGUCCCAUGGGAUGGGGGUGUUCAAAUUUGAACGAGACUGGAUUAACAAAGUUUUACUCUUAAAGCUACAACACUGUGUUGUGUUGUCUGGCAAAUGUGGUGAGGUGAUGGACGUAUAGACCUGGCCUUAUCCACAAACCUUGAUUUUGACUCUCUUAACAAGAAAAAAUGCUGUAUAUGUCGAACAUAUGAGGAUAAUGCAGAAAGCACAAGAAUUUGACUUGGGGAGUCCCAAUUCAUUUCAGAAACUUUCAGUCCUAAUAACUAAUGUAGGACCAUAUGACCAUUUUGCAUCCCUUCCUCACUAUGCAUGUAGUCAUGUUGGGAUUGCAGCAUGGUUCAUUUGGAUCAGAUAAGAUGACCUGAACAUGUUCUUGCUGUUGCUGGCGGUCCACAGCAGAUUUCAGCAGUCAAUAUUAUAACAUCAACAACAAAUAACAUGACACAUUGUGUGCUGUUCAACAGUGGCGUGCCGGAACGUGAAGACACACAGAGAAUCUGUAGAUACUUAAAACCAGGGUAGUCAAAAAAGCUGUAAAACCUUGUGUGCACUUUUGGGCAUUUUUUGUUUUCUUUUGUACAUACUACUAGCAUUUAAGAUGUUUGGGUUGACAUGUCUGGUUAUAGUGCAAUAUAUUUUGUAUGCAAGCCGUUUCAAUAAAUAAAGGUCGAUCUUCCUCCAUCA